UACAAGAUGGCUGCUCAUAUAAAACCAGGCAUCGGGCUUUCCCCUGGUGAUGGAGGGAUAGAGGUUUUUAUCCGCGCGGACCGUAUUUUGUGCCUUGACGGCCUGUACGCGCACCCCAAGGGGAGGAGGGAGGCUCCGGCCGCCGCCGGCUAUAGCCCCGCCUGGUCGCUAUCUCGUUUGUGGGCCGCGGCGUGCUUCUUCGAGGCCCAGGCCAGGGCCUUGGCCGCUCCCUGUGUUCCUGCCAGAACCGUGGCGACUCUUUCCCUGAUCGGCCAGGCCCCAGCUCCGACUUUUUCUUGUUAUGGCCGUCUCCAGGCUCGAUCGGCUCUUUAUCUUACUUGACACUGGCACAACUCCAGUAACAAGGAAAGCAGCUGCACAACAGCUUGGGGAGGUUGUGAAACUUCAUCCACAUGAACUGAACAAUCUCUUGGCUAAAGUAUUGGUACACUUAAGGAGUACAAACUGGGAUACCCGCAUUGCAGCUGGACAAGCGGUGGAAGCAAUAGUGAAAAAUGUACCAGAAUGGAACCCAGCUCCAAGGGUGAAACAAGAACGCAGCUGUGAAAGCCCACUAGAAGAGUCAUCUGCUUCUGAUCGGUUGCAUUUUGACAGAUUUGAUAUCUGCCAACUUUUAAAACAUGGUGCUUCUCUACUUGGAUCUGCUGGUGCAGAAUUUGAGGUUCAAGAUGACACAUCUGGUGACGUGGAUCCCAAAGAACGGAUUGCACGACAGAGGAAAUUGCUCCAAAAGAAGCUUGGCCUUGAUAUGGGUGCUGCAAUAGGAAUGGAUACAGAAGACCUGUUUAACGAUGAGGAUUUGGAUUAUACUCCUGCUACAUCACUUCUGGUGCACAAACAACCUACUCUUCCAGCUGCUGAAUUGAUUGAUUCAGAAUUUCGAGCAGGCAUGAGUAGCAGGCAAAAGAAUAAGGCUAAACGAAUGGCCAAACUGUUUGCAAAGCAGAGAUCAAGAGAUGCAGUGGAAACCAAUGAGAAAAGCAAUGAUAGUGCUGAUGGUGAGCCAGAAGAAAAAAGAAGGAAAAUGGCAAAUGUUAUCCUGAAUCAACCUGUGACUGACUCCAGACUUUUGGUUGAGAAUACUCCAGAUGAGACCAAUGAAUGGCCUCUAGAAAGUUUUUGUGAAGAAGUGUGCAAUGACCUUUUUAACCCAGCAUGGGAGAUUCGGCAUGGUGCAGGCAUUGGACUGCGAGAGGUACUUAAAGCACAUGGGAAGAGUGGAGGUAAAAUAGAAGACAGCACCAUAGAAGAGAUGACUCAGCAACACCAGGACUGGCUAGAGGACCUGGCUAUCAGACUUCUUUGUGUGUUUGCUUUAGACAGAUUUGGUGAUUUUGUUUCAGAUGAAGUUGUGGCACCAGUGAGAGAGACUUGCGCUCAGACUUUGGGAGUAGUGCUGAAAUAUAUGAAUGAUAGCGGAGUUCAUAAAACUGUGGCUGUCUUGCUGAAAUUACUUGCACAAGAGCAGUGGGAAGUGAGACAUGGUGGUCUGCUAGGAAUAAAAUAUGCUUUGGCUGUUCGUCAGGAUUUAAUUGAUACUUUAUUGCCCAAAGUCUUGCCUGCAAUAAUAGAAGGUUUGCAAGAUCUGGAUGAUGAUGUCAGAGCAGUUGGCGCAGCUUCCUUAGUACCAGUAGUAGAAAGUCUUGUCCGCCUUCAGCCAGAGAAAGUACCCUUUAUUCUUAACAUAUUAUGGGAUGCACUCCUGGAUCUUGAUGACCUGACAGCGUCCACAAACAGCAUAAUGACCCUUCUGUCAUCUCUUUUGAUGUAUUCUCAGGUCCAAAAAUGCAGUAUUCAGCAAUCACUCACAGUUCUGGUACCACGUGUGUGGCCAUUCCUACAUCACACAAUAUCUUCUGUUCGAAAAGCUGCAUUAGAAACUCUCUUUACCCUGUUGUCUACUCAAGAUCAGAGUUCUGCAGCCUGGCUUACGCCUAUUUUGCAAGACAUGUUAAGACAUAUUUUCCAGUUCUGUAUUUUGGAAAGUAAUCAAGAAAUUCUGGAACUAAUACAAAAGGUGUGGCUUGAAUUGAUAAGCAAGGCUACCCUACCAUAUGUGGUAGCAGCUGCAUGUCCAUGGAUGGGAGCUUGGCUUUGCUUAAUGAUGCAGCCUUCUCACUUGCCUAUUGAUUUGAAUAUGUUGCUGGAAGUGAAAGCCAGAGCAAAGGAAAAGACAGGUGGCAAGGUGCGGCAAGGUCAGAACCAGACAAAAGAAGUGAUACAAGAAUACAUUGGUGGUGCCGAAAGCAUUGCUGAAGAUCCUGUAACCAGAGAUUAUGUUGUUAUGAGAGCCAGGAUGAUGGCAGCAAAAUUGCUUGGAGCCCUCUGCUGCUGUAUUUGUGACCCGAGUGUUAAUGCCAUUUCCCAAGAAAUAAAGCCAGCUGAAUCGCUAGCCCAGUUAUUGCUUUUCCACUUGAAUUCCAAGUCAGCUUUGCAGAGGUUUAGUGUCGCAUUAGUAAUCUGCGAGUGGGCUGCCUUGCAGAAGGAAAAUAAAGUGGGGGCUCCUGCAGUCCAGUCACGCUUGCUUGAUGUCCUUUCUGAGCAUCUUUAUUAUGAUGAAAUUGCUGUCCCCUUCACCCGAAUGCAAAAUGAAUGUAAACAACUCAUCUCCUCAUUUAGUGAUGCAAACAUUGACAUUGCCAGCAGAGUAAACUGCAGUGUGUUCACAAUAGAUCAGGCUAAUGAACUGGUUACAACUAUCUUCAAUGAAGUUACAUCUUCUGUUAAUCUGAAUCCUAAAGUUUUACAGCAGCUAGAAAGCAAACGGCAGCAAGUCCAAAUGACUGUUACAGAAACAAAUCAGGAAUGGCAAACAUUGCAUUUAAGAGUACAUACUUUUACUGCUUGUGCUGUUGUGAACUUGGAACAACUUCCAGAAAAAUUAAAUCCAGUCAUAAAACCACUGAUGGAGGCUGUAAAGAAAGAAGAAAAUAUGCUAGUGCAAAAUUAUGCUGCUUUAUGCAUAGCAAAGUUGCUUCAGCAGUGUACGACAAGAUCUCCGUGUCCCAAUUCAAAGAUCGUAAAAAAUCUUUGCAGUUCUCUAUGUGUGGACCCACAUCUCACUCCAUUAGCAUCAUGUCCUGCACAGCCCCUGACCAGCCAUGAAAACUCAAAAGGGUCUAAUUCUGAAAGAGAUGGAAUGCACCAUACAGUCACCAAGCAUAGAGGCAUAAUCACACUAUAUAGACAUCAAAAAGCUGCAUUUGCCAUCACAAGCCGGCGAGGUCCUACACCAAAAGCCCCCAAGGCUCAAAUUGGAGAUCUGCCUACAAGCAGUAGUGGAAACAUAAUAACAGAGCUUGAUGAAGCUCAGAAACCCUACCUUGUACAGAGAAGAGGAGCAGAGUUUGCUUUGUCCACAAUUGCUAAACAUUUUGCUGGUGAAAUGGCAGCUGGUUUGCCACAUCUCUGGGAUGCUAUGAUUGGUCCCUUGAGGAACAAUAUUGACAUAGACAAUUUUGAUCGAAAGUUGCUGUUGGAAAAAGGAGAUGGCCCAGCCCAGGAAUUAGUGAACUCCCUACAGGUUUUUGAAACCACUGCAGCUUCUAUGGAUGUUCAGCUUCACCCAUUGUUAAUACAACAGUUGCCUUAUCUUUGCAUGUGCCUUCAGCACCCCAACACUGCAGUGAGACACAUGGCUGCUCGUUGUGUAGGUGUGAUAAGCAAAAUAGCUACUGUAGAAACCAUUCACAUUUUCCUGGAAAAAGUCCUUCCUUGGCUGGGAGCAAUAGAUGACAGUACCAAGCAAGAAGGUGCAAUUGAAGCUCUUGCCUCUGUGAUGGAGCAACUAGAUGUUGGAAUUAUUCCGUAUAUAGUUCUACUUGUGGUUCCAGUUCUUGGCAGAAUGAGCGAUCAGACAGACAGUGUACGUUUCAUGGCAACUCAGUGUUUUGCAACACUAAUUAGAUUAAUGCCUCUGGAGGCUGGCAUUCCAGAUCCACCAAAUAUGUCUGAAGAUUUAAUAAAAAUUAAAGCCAAAGAGCGUUAUUUUCUGGAACAAUUAUUAGAUGGGAAGAAAUUAGAAAACUAUAAAAUUCCAGUACCAAUUAAAGCAGAACUUAGAAAAUAUCAGCAGGAAGGUGUGAAUUGGUUGGCUUUUCUCAACAAAUAUAAGCUUCAUGGUAUCCUAUGUGAUGACAUGGGCUUAGGAAAAACCCUGCAGUCCAUCUGUAUUCUUGCAGGAGAUCAUUAUCUCAGGGCCCAAGAAUAUGCAAGAAGUAAAAUGGCCGAUAGUGUUCCACUACCAUCCUUGGUGGUCUGCCCUCCUACACUCACUGGCCAUUGGGUGGAUGAAGUGGGUAAAUUUUGUUCCAAAGAAUAUCUGAAUCCUUUGCACUAUACUGGCCCUCCCACAGAAAGGGCAAGGUUACAACACCAUGUAAAAAGACACAAUUUAAUCGUAGCUUCCUAUGAUGUUGUGCGAAAUGACAUCGAUUUCUUCAGGAAUAUUAAAUUUAACUACUGCAUUCUUGACGAAGGUCAUGUCAUCAAAAAUGGAAAAACAAAACUGUCGAAAGCAAUAAAACAAUUAUCUGCCAAUUAUAGAGUAAUACUCUCUGGGACACCAAUUCAGAACAACGUCUUAGAACUGUGGUCACUCUUUGACUUCCUUAUGCCAGGAUUUUUGGGUACUGAACGCCAGUUUGCAGCUCGCUAUGGGAAACCGAUAUUAGCAAGCAGAGAUGCUCGGAGCUCCAGUCGAGAACAGGAGGCAGGUGUUCUUGCAAUGGAAGCAUUGCACAGGCAAGUCCUGCCAUUUUUGUUGCGAAGAAUGAAAGAAGAUGUUCUACAGGAUCUUCCACCAAAAAUUAUUCAGGAUUAUUAUUGCAUCCUUAGUCCUUUACAGGUUCAGCUUUAUGAAGAUUUUGCUAAGUCACGAGCCAAAUGUGACAUAGAAGAAACUGUUUCAGUUGCUUCACUGACUGAGGAAACUGAAAAACCGAAACUUAAAGCCACAGGACAUGUGUUCCAGGCACUGCAGUAUUUAAGGAAACUAUGCAACCAUCCAGCAUUAGUUCUAACUGCUCAUCAUCCGGAACAUAAAAGAAUCACGGAGAAGCUGGCAGCUGAGAACUCGUCCCUUCGAGACAUUCAACAUGCACCUAAACUCUCUGCUUUAAAACAGUUGCUGUUAGAUUGUGGCUUGGGAAAUGGCGGCUCUCCAGAAAGUGGCACAGAAACCAUAGUUGCCCAACACAGGAUUCUUAUCUUCUGUCAACUCAAAAGCAUGCUGGAUAUAGUAGAACAUGAUCUUCUCAAACCUCACUUGCCUUCUAUUACUUACCUGCGAUUGGACGGCAGCAUCCCUGCUGGUCAGAGACAUUCCAUCGUUUCCCGGUUUAAUAAUGAUCCUUCCAUAGAUGUACUCUUGCUUACCACUCACGUUGGUGGACUGGGUCUUAAUUUAACUGGAGCAGAUACAGUGGUAUUUGUUGAACAUGACUGGAAUCCAAUGAAAGAUCUCCAAGCCAUGGAUCGCGCACAUCGGAUUGGGCAGAAACGAGUUGUUAAUGUUUACCGCUUGAUAACAAGAGGAACCUUAGAAGAAAAAAUAAUGGGUCUCCAGAAGUUCAAAAUGAAUAUCGCAAAUACGGUGAUUAGUCAAGAAAAUACUAGUCUGCAGAGCAUGGGAACUGAUCAACUUCUUGACCUCUUCACUCUUGAUAAGGAUGGAAAAGCUGAAAAAACAGAAAAAAUUGCUUCUGCUUCUGGUAAAACAAGUAUGAAGUCAGUUCUUGAAAAUCUUGGCGAACUUUGGGAUCAAGAACAAUAUGACUCAGAAUACAGUCUUGAAAAGUUUAUGCAAUCACUCAAAUAACUAUUUUAAUACAAUGGCUGGUAGCUGGCAUUUUCAGCUGAUAUUCAGCAAAUUUUGAAGUAUCUGCAGUUAACUUUUGGCAAAACAUGUAAAUACACUUGUGGAAAAUUAGGAGGUGGGUCUGGUCUUGUGAAGAGAGCCAGCUUCACUUUAGGAUAGUUAGGUCUUAAACAUUUGUAUUGUUAAAACCUUAGAUUAUAAGGUCAUUCUGAAUUUCCAGAAUAGCUACAAAUUGCUGUUUGAUAGGAAAUGAAAUCUAACAGGUUUUGCACAUGUUGAUAAGUUUUACUUCUCUUUGAGCUAGGUCUGUCACGCCCCUUUUCCUGUAUCUACAGGAACUUGUAUAGGCUGCUUUGAGAACUUCGUUCUUUUAAACUUAACUUUGUUUAAUGGUACACUUUAAGAAUGUUCAGUUUAGCAAGCUAGGAUUAUAUUUAACGCAUUUCAGGAUGAAUAUUGACAAAAUAAUUGCAAAGCAUACCAUCCUGGAAAAAUACUGGGGAAUUAAAUGAGACUUCAAGUAUUAAAGUUCCCACAUUUAUAUAUUUAAGUAUCUGGUGCUCUUCAGUCUUCUGACAUUUUGAGAGCAGUUGACUUUUUAAUAGGAAUUGCAGAUAAUGGCUUACUUUAGGCCAUUUCCUCAUCCUGCUUAGAGGGUGCCAUUUUUAAAUUUGUGUGUGUGUGUGUGUGUAUGGCUAGAACAUAACUAAGUUCAGAGAUCUAAAGUAUGCAGUAGGUUUCAAUCUUAUAUUUUUUGUACCUAAAAAGCAAAUAUAUACCCAGAGCCUUUCCAGGUUUAGGUCUUAUAAAAUUGAGAAUCCAUGUUGGAAAGACUCUCUAAUGCACUAGUCAUGAACCUCUUAAGUGGGAGAGGGGAGAUGUUUUAUUUAGUGAUCCUGUUAUAAACAUGUUUAAAACCGCCCUACCCUGCAUUGGAAAGAAUAGAAUAUUUGAGCUGAAAUCAUGUGCUAGAAAUUUUAGGGGGCUAUGAUAAAGAAUAACAAUAGUUCUAAAAACAUUUUUAAAGCUGUCUGCUAAAAGGGAGUCCAUAGUGACAUAAGUGUGCAUAGAUGUGCAUGUGUCUGUACCAGAUGUGUACAUAAUUCUCCACGCAAGCUAUCUAAAGGCAUACGUAGACUAUAUGUAUAGAUGUCAUAUCUGAGAUUUGGAGCUUGUUGUUCAUUUCAGCAUCAGAGCUUGAAUUGCCAUGAGACCUCAACAAUGUAAAGUAACUGCUUUGAUUUUUUUUUUAAAAGAAACACUGUUGGCUUAUGGAGCAAGAUCAUUUUGCAGCAUUCAGAUAUUAAUGAACAUGUGUCAUAUUUCACUAGAUGCGUGAACUGCUAUCCUGUAACAUGAAACUAGCAUUCCAUAAAAAAGGAAAAUUAAAAGAACCCAGACUAAUUAAUCAGCCCCUUAUGUGUUGCCUAUGGUUUCUUCAACAUUUUUUGCCAUAGUUGUUACAUAUGAAUGGAAGAAAAAUAAAAUGACAUUUCUUCAGUUAA